UAUUUUCCCAAUUAACCUCCUAAUUUUUAUAAAUUUUUAUAAUUUUAUAAUUACAAAUAAUUAAAUAAUUUAUAAAAAAAAAAUUUUUUGUUAGAUUAAUAUAGAUAUAAAAGCGACAAAAACUAAGAAGACAAUUAUCAUAAUUUUUCCCCUCCAUUUUUCGCAAUUAUGGAAGCAAUCGAAAGAAUCCGACAUCGCCCGUCGUUAAAUACCCGAAAUAUCGAUGGCAAAACACCUAAAACUCUAAAUGCCCCGAGGGGGGCACUUAACCCGGUUAUAACCCUAAAAAGUGAAAAAAACGACUGUAAAGAUGGCCCCCUCCGAUCGGCUGACCACCCCACAAAACGACGUUUUCCCGCCAAACCUUCGGUUCACCGUCAAAUCACCAAAUUUGUUUCCCCGCUUCAUCUAUUCAAUCGUAUUUCACCCUGCCUAAUAUUAACAGUCAUUCUAUUUAUUCGCACAUCAAAAUAUACAGUUUUAUGUCAACAGCCAAAACCGGAAGACGCCGUUCACGAACCGCUAAUAAUAUCGGAACCGCCCACCAACGUUAAACUGGAGGAGUGCAGCGGGCGGAGCGCUUCUAUCAGAUGGGACCCCCCGCUAAAAACGGACGUUCUGAGGUACGAUAUAUUGGGGCACUUGUUGGGUACACCCGAUGGAUCGUUGGAAAAGUUAGGAGAAGCUUUAGCCCCUUCGACUGAAUUCAGGACGGACCUAAAACCGGGUAGCAAUUAUACUUUCAAGGUGGCAACCAUCAACAGAGAAGAGUUCAUUAGCAACCCCAGUGAAGCCACCGAAGUUUGCAGUACUCCGGGCGAUACGCCGGAACAUAACCCUCUCAACGUAGUGGGCAAAGGUUCGGACCCUAGCAAUAUGGUCAUCACGUGGGACGCCGUUAAUAGGGAAGCAUGGAACGGGCCCGGCUUUCAUUACAAAGUGGAAUACAAACCGAAGGAUCAAUCAGAAUGGCAGAGCCAUGUUAUAGAAAAUCCGGAAGAGACAUCUUACACAGUUAAAGAUAUUCCCGCUUUCACGGCUUACGAUAUAAAAGUCACCGCUCUUAAUAGUCACGGCGUCGCCAAGGGACCCGCUAACGUUGUCACCGGAUUCUCUGGCGAAGAUAUUCCUACAGCUAAACCGGAAAAUGUGCAGUUGGUAGAAAUCAUCAACGGAAGUAGAGCUCGGAUAUCGUGGACUCCAGUAGCUGAUAACGAUGUUAAAGGACAAAAUGCUGGCUAUAAGAUAAGAAGUUACACUACGCUAUUCGAUGGAACCGACAACAUAACGGAAGUCAAGGUGCCUCCUCGCACCGACAACGCGAUCAUAGACAUCUUGCGGCCUAACACCGAAAAUAUAGUCAAGGUGGCAGUGUUCAAUAACAAGUUCGACGGACCAGAAAGCGAAGAGAUUGUCAUUAACACACCGGAAGCUGUGCCUGGGAAACCUAACAAAUUCAAAGGGUUAGCGUUAGGUCCAGAUGCCAUUCGAUUGACAUGGGCUAAACCCAAGAGUCCCAACGGAAAGAUCAUUGGAUACAGGGUCAUGUAUGCCCCGGAGGAUGAAGUCGGAAACGCCUUAGCACCGGAAGUAGAAGCUGGUCCUAUCAGGGAUCUCACGCAACAAGAAGUUUUUCUGAUAGGUUUAAACCCCGAUACGAAAUACAAAUCCACCAUCAGAGCAGCUACAUCGGCGGGGUACGGCGAACCGGCCAUCGUUGUUACCAAGACAACUAGACCCGGAGCCCCCGAUAAACCGCAAUUCGACGUGAACAUUGUAGAUGACGGAUUUAACAUAUCCCAGAAGGAAACUGGCAAUCCAGGCGCAUUCUUCUAUCUAAUCUACAGAAAAGAAGGCGGUAAAUGGUUUUCUACCCCAACGGCCGAACAUUGGAAGAUGAUCAAGAACGUUAGCGAAAAUACUAAUUACGAAAUCCAGAUGAUUUCUAUCAAUGGCAAUCACUCCUCGGUCAGCGAACCACAGAAGUUCAUGGUUCCACUUGACAGACCACCUAACACGCCAUUCAACGUUCACUUGGAUAGAUGCGAUACCAAAGAGACCAAGAUAGUUUGGGACGUCAAACCAGUCGAAAAAUCGCCUGUCACCAAUUUCAUUAUAGAGCAUCAAGAGGAGGGCAACGAUGAUUGGAAGGAAUUAGAAGGUAAACAUCCAGCCAGUGCCGAAGAGUUCGUUAUAACCGAUCUCCCGGAAGGUAGGCACAGGUUCAGAGUGAUUUCGGCCAAUAGAAAAGGUCGGAGUAAUCCUAGCGACCCCACGCCCAUUUGCGAGAUUACUAAACAAGCCCAAACGGGCCCCGGUGAAGGCGGGCACGUAAAGGACGUCUCCAAAACUGGUAUCAAGUCUGGCACCAAUUCUGUUAAUGUUCACUGCACAGCUGUUUUGUUGGCAUGUUCGAUUGCCUCACUGUCGGCAAUACGAAAUUAUGUUUUAUAGAAAGCCCGCUCUCAACGCCUUUUAUUUUCACUCCCUAUUUUCCAUUCUGUCCACCCCCCCUCCGCUCCCCCUUAUAAAAAAUAACGGUCGCAAAUGCAAUGACAUUCAUUUUAAAAAUAAAAUAUAUAGUUUUAGCUGUGGCAGUGAUUUUAGCGGUUUCAACGGUCUUUUUUUUUGUUCUUAUUUUAAUAUAUAAUUAGUUUUUUUUAAGUCAAUAAAGAGAAAGAAUACCACGCACUAUGCAAGUUGGAUAUCAUUAAUAUGACUUACAAAAAUUAUAUAUAUUUCAUUAUUUAUUUUUUAUAUAAGGCAAUGGGACAAUCUAAACAUUAAAAUUGAACUAAGAUUACAUUUUGGCUAUUUCUACUUGUAUUAAUUUAAUUUUAUUACUCUAAAUUAGUUUUAAAAAAUAACAAGAGUUUAUAGUAUAGUUUGGAAAUAAUAUUUUUUGCUUAAAACGUAAUAAUUUUGUGGACAUUUUUAUAUUUAUAUAUAUUUAUAAAUCUCUUGAGAUAUAGUCAAAUCUUAACGUUAACGGGGGCUAGCAAAUUAUUAUAUUUUUUAUUUAUCUUCGUGAAUUGUAAUAAGUUUUCAAAAAAUAAAAUGUAUAGUCAUUUUCCCCACCUAAAAUAACUUUCAUAUUCUUUUAACUAUUUUAUAUAUAAAGAAAUUUAUAACACAUAUUAUUCAGGA